AUGAGCUCUGCGGUUUCAGCACUCACCGCAACCAUCGGCGUACUCAGGCGCCUCUUGAAUGAAGAGAAAACGGACCUCGAGCAACUAACUUAUGUGGUUCAGUGCAUCCACGACCCUAUAUUAGAGUGCUACAACUCACCAAACGAUGGAAAACAAGGUCAAUGGUUGUUUGAAACCCCAAAUGUGGCAUCCAUUUUAACUGCAACUGAGCACCGGGAUAUCUUUGGGAAUAUAUUUGCGCUUUACAAUAAGCAUAAAUGGAUUGUGAGCAGACUUGAGUCAGCACUCCGAGAACCCAAUAGGAAACAGGAAAAUGGAGCUGAAGCGACUGGACAAAGUAGCUCCAACGCAAAAGAAAAUGCAGAGGCAGCCGCGCUUCGUGAUGUGGUAGAGCUCUUUUGCUCCAACGAAAUGCAGCAGUUCAUCACCGAGCACCUAAAGUAUUCCUUAAGUUACAGUAGCACAAUUGCGCCGAAAAUUCUUGGCUUGUGGCAUCGGUGCUGCCCCACGCACGCUAAAAAUGCCACUGGCAAGUUAAGUCUAGAUAGUGGUUUCAUACGGGUCGUCGACAAACGGGGUGAACUCAGUUUCCGCAAGAGGUUUUUGUGCUUCCUCUGGUGGACGUUAGGUGAACGAAGUGGUGUGCCCAUGGAUCCACGCGCGGUGCGGGUUCGACUUCCCGACUCUCUUUCUCCAGCAACGGCACCGCCUGCAUCAACCGGUCAAGGCCAUCCCUGCGCAUCUCCCCCUUUGAAAAGUAACGCUGGCGAGGGCCACUCCAACGGGCGUCCUGGAAGUGUCUCUAAUGCAAUUAAGAUGACUUUUUCCAGUCCCUCAGCAGGUUGGGAAGAGUCACUUAUUCCCCCCACAUGGCAGGGUUUUGAAACUUUGCUUGCCCUCCUUGCCACGCCACUCCCCUCUCUUCGCCGGUAUGUUCAUGUCGCUUGUUGUAUUGUCAACACGCACUGCCUGCAGAGGUCCAUACGGCAACAACUGCAGUUCAACUUCGUCACUUUGGCAAGGCAGCGAAUGGCGGAAGAAAAUUGUAUGGUAUUGAAUGAGUUAAUCAAGCAGGACACCGGACAUAUUACAUCCCUUAUUGAUGGUGCCGGGGCAGCAUCUGCAGAUAAAGCAAAGGCUGCUGCUCUUCUCCCCGGAUAUACUGCAAAAAAAUUUGCACGCGUUGACCCUGAUAAGGAUGGUUGCCGAGUGCUCAUUCAUUACGGGCGCCUUACAAAGAAAUUUCGCCGUGGGCGCCAUGAACGGUUGGUGUUCUUAUUUAACGACUGGUUUUGCUACGGUGAGGAACACGUGAACAAUCAACUGCUCCUCCGGGCGUCACUUUCACUCGACGGACUAAAGGUGGUGGACCACAGCAAUGUGGAGGAUGGGGAUAACAGCUUCGAUGUGGUCACGCAAAAGAUGCGCUUUUCCUUCAUCGCACCGACACAAGAACAGAAACGGCAGUGGGUCGACGCCCUUCUCAACACUGUACGCUUGUAUGAAAAGAGGUUGUCGAAGCCCCAGCAACCCAGCAACUCUUCAGGGGGGGAUAGCAAGCUGGCAGUAAGGAAAACAGUCAGCGUGCUACCGACGAAAUCUGUGAGACUUACAAGGAACUCACGACUGGUUCGCCAACAGCGUGUGGACCGUUUAGUGCAGGGACAGCUGAGCAUGCGGCGGGCAGCGAGCGCCACCCAAGGUGCUGUUUCUGAUGAAGAGGCUGUUGGACCCGUGGCCAUGCAAGAUACAUUGGUUGCACCAGAUGAUGUUGGUGGCCUGCAGGACAUCGAAUCCCCACUGCAGCAGGAAGAAGUUGAAGUGGAGAAGGAUGCAGCUGAUGGAAAUGUUGUUUCAGAUGAUGGUGAAUGGGCUGAGAGGGAACAGGUUGACGUCGCCGCUGAGGUUGAAAGUGAUGACAGUGGCGAUAUUGUUGGCCACGAGGGCCGCAGUUCUGCAGAAGGAGAGGGUGAGGGUGGACCGGAUGCGCACCGGACGCUGGGUCGCUGUACCGAAGAGCUGCGGGACGAAAGCAGUGGGAAUAGCAAGGAAGUAAGUGGAACAUUACAAGGGGGGGAGGCCUCAACGUCGCUAGAAGACACUGGAGGUACGACCCCGCUUCCAAAGCAUGAUUCAGGGGAGCCGAACGACAGCUACCACAGAACUAAUGAAGAACCGGGCGUAACGCAACCGAGGGAGCUGCCGGUCGAGCGCCGUGGGGGCAACUUGGGUGUAAAUAAGGAGUUGGGGACGAGUGGCCAUGAGGGGAGAGGAAGUGAACACGAGAAUGACAAAGAGCAAUCAAAUGGGGAUGUGAAGGGCAGCGACGUAAAGCGGUGUAAGACUGAGGGGAGAGAAAACAGGGAGGAAGUAGAGGAACGGAGAUGCGAAAGCGAAGACGAGGAAGAGGAAGAGGAACUUUGCGAAAGCUCUGAAGGUGACAACAAGGGAAAGGGAGGCGAGGACGAGCGAAGGAAUGAUGAGGAGGGCGGUGGUCCUACAAAUGUAGGGGAUAUGGAGGAAGUGGAACGGAAGGAGGUGGUGGUAGAGGGGGAGGAACAAGUGGAAGUGGAAGAAAAAACAGAAGAAGGCUGUGAGGAGGCCCAGGACCUCCCACCGCCACCGGCAUACACGAUUGAAUGCGUCGCAUCGUCAGAGAAUGAAGCUUCCGGUCCCCCGUGUUCCGCAGAUGAAAGCGAUGAUGUUGUCAACGCAACAAAGGAAGUAGCAAAAAAUAAUGACGAAGGCAUCCCCAACGGAGGAGAAACUGUUAAGCAGGAGUCAAAUCGGUCAAGUGGAUGCGAUAAAAUUUGCGCUGAUGGCAGCAAACCAACAAAGGCCGCCCCCGAGGAAAUGGAAAAAUCACGAACUGACGAAGCAAAGCCACAGGCAGCCAGAGCUGAGGAAAAGGAGUUGAAUGAAUGA